GUGAUUCGGCCGCACUCAAAUAUGGCUACCAUGGAGUGGGAGCUACAACUUUAACAGCUAUUCGGAUCUAAAUAGAGGCUUAACGGUCGUUUUUUUCGCUUUGUGGAGCCUGAUUUUUGUGGGAUAUGUCCUUCGAUUCUGCAGUGUGACGCGAAAUACGAGGAAAAUAGCCCGUGUGGAUGUGUUUUGUAUAGCUGUGUGUGGUUUUUUUCCUCUUUUUUUUCUUCGGGGAGGCUCGAAAUUACAGCCCUCGCGAGCCGAACGGAAUAAUUUGGAUUUGAAAGUAAAAACCGUCGUCGUGCUGAGGUGUUUUCUCCUCGGCUUAUUUCCAUGGAAAGAGGGUUUUUUCGCGCUGCCAGCGGCUCUUAGGACUCCCUAAAGCGGAUAAAGCGGCUCGGAAUGACUUGUUUACGGAGAGGAGAGGCAUCGUUGGAAGAAGAAAAGCCCGAAAAGCCCUCAGCAGCACAGGGAUGUAACGUUAGCCCAAAACCCUCCAGGGUUUUUUUUCUCUCUCGUGAUGAAACGGAAUAAAAGAAGCUGCUGAAGUCGAACCGAGGGGUCGAAGAGAGUCUGGGUCGCCCUUUUGGAUUAUUAAGCUAGGCUGGAAGGUUUUUUUUGGACCAGACGUUGGAGAAUAACGUUAAACUGGAUCUUUUUCCCCCCUUCGCCAGCGGCCGUUGUGGAGCCCUGUGUGUCCGUUAGCCUCUCCUUCUCUGAGGGGAUAACGGUAACGGUCCGCCUUCCCCUCCGAGAAAAGCCUCAGAAACACUAAACAGAAGUACUGUGUGACCAAAAAAACACGCUUAUUGACAUGAAGGAAAUAUCUAAACAUUGCUAGGGCUGAAGAGAAUGUCAUCAGAGGAGAAGAUUCUGGACCCCUCUGACAAAGGACCCUCGCCACUUCUUGGUGGCUCUGUGGCCACGCCCACUGGAAGUCCCGCCUCCACAGAUAAGCGGCCCCGAGGCCGGCCUCGAAAGGAUGCUCCGUCUGCGGCCGCCCCGCCUACCCCUGCACCCAGACAGAGGAAGAAGAGUCGUGGUCGGGGGAAAGCUGUGGUUGAAGAUGAAGACAGUGUGGACGGGAUGGAGACAGCAGAGUCUGGCAGCGCACAGGAGCCAGAUGGUAAAGGUCAGCCGGAGGACGCAGAGGGCAGCGCUGCAGUGUCGUCGCUGUGUGGAGAGGAAGAGGAGCAGCCUUCAUCAUCGCCCGUCUCUCCGCACUCUGAGGCGGGGGAGGCAGAAACAUCAGCAGCUUCUGGAGGAGCUCAGAGCAGUGAGCAGCUGUGUGCGUUCUGUUACUGCGGCGCUCGCAGUCUGCUCGGUCAGGGCGAGCUGAAGCGCUUCAAGGCCACGCCGGGCUUCGAGGCCGGAACGGAGGGACGCAGCCAUGACGACAGGAGCGCGGCCGCCAGCCAAUCAGGGAGGAGCCGAGGCCCGGAGAGUGCUGGAACAGAUGAAGCAGGCAGCAAGUCCUGGGAUGAGCUCCACCAUGUGGGUUUACCGGACGACAUAGACGUCCAUUCUCUCUUCGAUGAGUCAGGUCAGUGUUGGGCACAUCAGCAGUGUGCUUUGUGGUCAGAAGGUGUGCGUCAGGCAGAGGACCAAUCACUGCUCAACGUGGACAGAGCCAUCCACUCAGGGAGCACAGAGCAUUGUGCAUAUUGUAAGCGCCUUGGAGCAUCCAUCAAGUGCUGUGAGGAGGGCUGUGGCCACUCGUACCAUUACCCGUGUGCGGGGGGCGCCGGAACCUUCCAGGAUUUCAGGAAGCUUUCUGUCCUCUGCACCGAGCACAUCCACCUGGCAGUCAGCAAAUCUGCUGAGGAAGCGAACUGUGUGUUGUGUGACAGUUCAGGGGACCUCCUGGACCAGCUGUUCUGCACCAGCUGUGGUCUGCAUUACCACGGCCUGUGUCUGGACAUCAGUGUGACCCCUCUGAAAAGGGCCGGCUGGCAGUGCCCGGAAUGCAAAGUCUGCCAGACAUGCAAAAACCCUGGAGAGGACACAAAGAUGCUGGUGUGUGACAUGUGUGAUAAAGGCUAUCACACGUUCUGUCUGCAGCCAGUGAUGGACUCCAUCCCCACCAAUGGCUGGAGGUGUAAGAACUGUCGGGUUUGCGUCCAGUGCGGCACGCGGAGCAGCAGUCAGUGGCAUCACAACAGCCUGCUGUGUGAAAACUGCGCCGGCCAGCAGGACUCCACCCCACACUGCGCUCUCUGUGCCGUCAGCCUGGACCCCGAAAUCCACAAAGACCCCCUGUCCUGCCAGCACUGCAAAAGGUGGUUCCAUCUGGACUGUGAGCGGCAGGUGGAAGGUCAUGUGGAGGUCCAGGCUGGAGAGGAUUACGUUUGUUCAGCGUGUAAACAUGCUGGCUUUGAGCCAGGCCCGCUGCACAUGGACGUAGAGCCGCUGCAGGAGGAGGUAGAAAUGCACAUGGAGGUUGAGGAAGCCACGCAGCCGGCUCCAUCGGACGCAGAGCCAGAACCUGUUCAGAUUCACAGCACAGAAUCAGUCCAGACCUGCAGUGGGCCGGCAUCGGAGGGGGUGCAAGAUACAGAGAAACAGAAGCCUGAGGUGGACACUGACACGGGCUGUAAAAACGCUAAAGAAGUUGCCAGUGAAGCUCCACAGGAAGGACCCGCAGGCGAAAAAUUACCAGCCACAGAGCCUCCCAAGGACGUGAAGCCUGAAAGUAGUCCAGAAAGUCCUCAGCAGAAGCCAGAUCCAGCGCCUGAGUCUCCAUUAAUCCAGAGUUUCGCGCCAGCAACUAAGGCAGAGCUGCCUCAAGAGACCCCAUCCGUGAUUAACCCAGAAACAGCUUCUCACCAAGUCGAAGAACUCAGACUAAGUCUAGAGGAGCAGAAAUCCAUCACGUCACCCACCAAAGAGCUCUCGUCUGUCUCUGAACCUUCAAAGGAGGAGCCCAUGGAAGUAUCAUCCUCUGAAAUCCCAGAACCCUCCAUGGAGACUGAACCAAGUUCUGCUAAACCUGUGCCAAAGGUGGAGGAGGAGAGGGUGCGCCUCACGACGGAGCAACAUGAAAGAGAAACUGGAGGCCUUGUGCUAGAGCAGUGUGAGAAAGCCACUGCGGGCCUCACGGUGGAGCAGCAAGAGAAACCCGCUGAGGGCCUCACGGUGAAACAACAAGAGAAACCCGCUGAAGGCCUCACGGUGGAGCAGGCUGAGAGAACCACUGAAACUCUCACAGUGAAACUGCAAGAGGAAGCCACUGAGGGCUUCUCGCAGGAGGAGCCUGAGAGAGCCGCUGAGGGCCUCACGGUGGUGCAGCAUGAGGAGGCCACUAAAAACCUCACCACAGGGCAGCAUAAAAGAACCACUGAGGGAUUCAUAGUGGAGCAGCAUGAGGGAGCCGCUGAGGGCCUCAUGGCGGAGCAGCACAAACAAGCCACUGAGAGCCUCACGGUGGAGCAGCAUACACGAGCCACUGAGAGCCUCACGGUGGAGCAGCAUACACGAGCCACUGAGAGCCUCACGGUGGAGCAGCAUACAAGAGCGACUCAGAGCCUCACAGUGGAGCAUCAUACACGAGCCACUGAGAGCCUCACGGUGGAGCAGCAUACACGAGCCACUGAGAGCCUCACGGUGGAGCAGCAUAAACGAGCCACUGAGAGCCUCACGGUGGAGCAGCAUAAACGAGCCACUGAGAGCCUCACGGUGGAGCAGCAUACACAAACCACUGAGAGCCUCACGGUGGAGCAGCAUAAACGAGCCACUGAGAGCCUCACAGUGGAACAGCAUAAAAGAGCAUCUGAAGGCCUCAAGGUGGAGGAACGUGGAAGAGCUUUUGAAAGCCUUACCGAAGAGAUGGACAUAAGCUUGGACGGUGAGCGAAGCUUGGCAAAGCUAAGCUCGCUGGUAGAAGAGAGGACCUCACUAAAGCCAUUGCCAAUUAGGCAACCAGAGAGUUUGACCUCCUCUGGCCAGCCUACAAUCAGCCCCCAAAGCCACUCUGGACUAGGAGAAACCAGUAGCAACGUGCCUUCAGCAACCUUCAUACCGUUCACGCCCAAAAUCGGCAUGGGCAAACCUGCUAUCUCUAAAAGGAAGUUCUCACCUGGGAGGCCAAGAGUCAAGCAGGGAGCAUGGAGCGCCUCUCCUAGACUGAGCUCCCCCCCCUGGUCUCCAGCCCAGGCUGAGGGGUGGGACGCCCCAAAGAGCAGGCAGUUCCCCAACCCGGCCGUGUGGAGCAUCCGCGUGGGCCGAGGGUCAGGCUUCCCUGGGCGGAGGAGGCCCAGAGGGGCAGGGCUUACGGGCCGAGGGGGGCGUGGCCGCUCCAGGAUAAAGACCGGAGUCAGUUCCAUCCCCACCCCAGGGAUAAACACCAUGGAAACGACGCUGUAUCCAUUCAGAGAGGAAGAAGAGAACGCCAUGCACAGUACAGUGGUGAUCUUCUCCAGCACAGACACUUUCACUCUCAAACAGGAUAUGUGUGUGGUUUGUGGUAGUUUUGGUCAAGGUGUGGAGGGCAGACUGCUGGCCUGUGCUCAGUGUGGACAGUGUUAUCACCCCUACUGCGUCAAUAUAAAGAUCACUAAGGUGGUCCUGAAUAAAGGCUGGCGGUGUCUGGAGUGUACGGUGUGCGAGGCGUGUGGUCAGGCCAGCGACCCCGGCCGCCUCCUGCUGUGUGACGACUGCGACAUCAGCUACCACACUUACUGCCUGGAGCCACCGCUGCAGAACGUACCCAACGGCAGCUGGAAGUGCAAAUGGUGUGUAUCCUGCACGCAGUGUGGUGCCACGUCUCCAGGUAUGAGGUGUGAGUGGCAGAAUAAUUACACCCAGUGUGCCCCCUGUGCCAGCCUGGCGUGCUGCCCCAUCUGCCUGCUGGACUACAGCGAAGAAGAGAUCAUCCUGCAGUGUCGUCAGUGUGACAGGUGGAUGCAUGCCUCCUGUCAGGGCUUCCACUCCGAGGAAGAAGUUGAGAAGGUUGCAGACAGCAGCUUCGACUGUAGCCUCUGUCAGGGACACAAGUCUCUCUCUCCAGCGUUAGGUUCGAGCACUAAAUCGGAUCCAGAGAUAUCUGAGCUCCCCAUCAUCCCACAGAUCGCUUCCAAAUCGAGAGAUCUGGAACUGACGCGGACGUACACCCAGGACGGUGUGUGUCUCACAGAGUCGGGCCUUUCUCAGCUCCAGAGCCUGGCAAACACUGCCUCCAGACGCAGGAGACCCAAACCCAAACUCAAGCUGAAGAUCAUCAACCAGAACAGCGUGGCUGUGCUGCAGACACCGCCGGACCCCCAGACUGAGCUGUCUAGGGAUGCAGACUUAGAGGACAGCAGAGCAGAAGGGGAGCUGGUAGACGGAGAGGGGAAGUCCGACUCCAGCCCAGAGAGAGAGACGGUGGCAGAAGAUGAGUCCAAAGGAGCCGAGACCUGCAAGAAGAGGAAAAGGAAGCCCUACCGGCCCGGUAUCGGAGGCUUCAUGGUCAGGCAGAGGAACCGGACGGGUCCAGGCAAAGCCAAACCUGCCCUGGGCAGAAAAGACUCUACCGGCUCUGUCUCCGAGACUCAACAGGGCAAAGACGAAGGCUGGGGUGAUCCGAUGCCUGACACUCCGGUGGAUGAGAAACCUCCUGUGUCCGAAUUCCCUGAAAACCCUGAGGUGAAAGUUCGCAAACGCUACAGGAAGAAGAAGACCAAACUGGAGGAGGCAUUUCCCACAUAUCUACAGGAGGCUUUCUUUGGAAAGGACCUUCUGGACAAGAGCAAGCAGAGCAGACGGGAGACCACUGGGCUGUUAGAGGAGGAGAGAGAGAGAAGACAGGCUGGUGCUGGCCUGUUGAAACUGACCUCUAACCCUCCACACAGUACAGCGUCAACACCACUGCCCAGCAAAGCUGCAGGACCCCGGAGUUCAGAGGAGCCUCUGGUGGAUCUGUCCGAGGUGCUGAAAUCAGACACUGAGCUGCUGGGGAUGCUUUCUGAUGAUAUGAGCAAACAGACGGAGGAGUCGGGUCUUGAUUUUUGCCCCUUCCAGGUUGACUGCUCUCCCUCUCCAUUUGCUGGACUGGACGUUGCUCCUCUUGCGGAAGAGGCCUCAGCCUCUUCUCAGUCUCACCCCGGUCGUGCUCCUCAUCAGGUAGCGGAAGAGCCACUGGACGGCAUUCUCAGCCCUGAACUGGACAAGAUGGUCACAGAUGAGUCCAUUUUAAGCAAGCUGUAUAAAAUUCCAGAGCUGGAAGGAAAGGAUGUUGAAGACUUGUUCACAGCUGUCCUAAGCCCCAGCACUCAGGUGCCCCAUCAAACCCAGGGAAAUCACCCUCUACAUGUGCCUCCGGGCCCUGGACUGCCUUCCUCUCAGCUCAACUCAGGAAUGUUCCCCCGGAUGCCAGUGAUGAAUGGUCUGAUGGCACCCAAUCAGCAGUUCCCUCCCUCACAGAUGCCUCCUGGAGCAGGGCCUAACAUGCCUCGAAACUUCCCUCCCAUGCAACGCAUGCCUUUUCCUGACAAUCUGAGGGAGAGGAAGUUUAGUCAGAUGGCUCAGGAUGCAGCUGGCCCAUGGUCAGCCACCGGUCCAGGUCCAGCUUCUGCUCCCCCUCCUGCCCCCGUCCCUGAGGGAGAGGGGGAUUCCUUAUCCACGGCCCAGAAGAGCACGCUGAAGUGGGAGAAAGAGGAGACGUUGGGAGAGCUCGCUACUGUGGCCCCGGUCCUCUACACUAAUGUCAACUUCCCCAACCUCAAAGAGGAAUACCCAGAUUGGCAAACCCGAGUGAAACAAAUUGCAAAGCUGUGGAGGAAAGCAAGUUCUCAAGACAGGGCCCCGUAUGUGCAAAAGGCCCGGGAUAACAGGGCGGCCCUUCGCAUCAACAAAGUGCAAAUGUCUAAUGAAACAAUUAAGAGGCAGCAGCAGCAGCAGCAGCAGCCCCAGGUCGCGCAGGCUUUGGAAGUUUUUGACCCUGCCAUUCCCCCUCUGGACCCUGAACUCCUGUUCAAGGACCCGCUGAAGCACAAGGAAUCAGAACAGGAGCAGGAAUGGAAGCUGAGACAGCAAAUGAGACAAAAAAGUAAACAACAAGCCAAAAUUGAAGCUACACAAAAACUUGAACAGGUGAAGAAUGAGCAGCUUCAGCAGCAGCAACAGCAGCAGCACCUCAAAGGAGGUCCGUCUGAAAUGGACACAUCUGGUAGCCUUCAGAGUCCAGUCUCGUCGCAGAACAGCAACGGGAACAUGUCUCCUAUGCAGUCUGGUUCCAAGAAUGGGUUCUCUAAGCCACAACCUCCAGGAACCCCCACAUCAGGUUCCCCAGAUGAUGUCUUUCUGCGUCCUCAUCCUCCACCCCCUUCAUCAGGAUCCCAGCCACAGUCACCACAGAUGUUCUCUCCAGGCUCUUCUGGCUCUAGACCGUCUUCACCUUGGGACCCUUAUACUAAAAUGGUGGGCACACCAAGACCACCACCAAGUGGCCCGGCUGCUGCCCGUCGGAAUUCGGAAUCUGGGAAAUCACCUAGGAUUCUCUCAGAAGAAUGUGGGAAGGCUUCAUCUGUUCAUGAACCCAUCGGUUCACCAACAGCCCUCAACAUAGACCCAUAUGCCAAGCCUCCGGACACACCAAGGCCAGCAGGACCAACAGAUCCCUUUCUCAAGCCUAUGUGUCCUCCCAGGUCUAGUCAGGCCAUGGAAGGGAGGCACCUGAUUGGCUCUCCAGGACAUGAUCCAUUUUCCAGGGCAGCUGUGAGAAAAGAAGCUUAUCCACGAAUGCCUCAAGGCAGAAUGAUUCUUUCAGAUCCCUAUGCCCGUCCCCUUCUCGCUCCUAUCCCAGGAAGUAAUGAGUCAGGGUCUGUUCAGCUCUUCAAAACCCCUAUGCCUCCACCUCAAGCUCAGGAGUCAAACACAGGAAUCCAUUCAAGAAGACCAAUUGGAGAUCCCUUUGAAAGACCAAUGAUGCCACCUCGUUCUACAGAGGCAUUUUCAAGUCAACAGAAUGACCCAUAUGCACAUCCCCCUCUCACUCCACAUCCUGUGAUGGGUGAUGGCUAUGAGAAUCAAGCAAGAAUCACACGGCAGCCUCAGGCCCACCCUUUUUCACAACCUGGUCCGUUGGCACAUCAGUCUGCUGGGAAUCCAUAUGCACGUACCCCAUCCACCCCAAGGCCAGAUUACUCUCAGUGUGAUCCCUUUUCCCAGACUCCCUUUUCUAACCCAUAUGCUCGAAUGCCUGGCACACCCAGACCACAUGACCCUGAACCCUAUGCUCACCAGUCUGCCACUUCUCAUCCUGUCAUCAUGAACCAACCCCCCCAGCAAACUCAGACUCAGAAUCGCAUACUGUCUCCCAUGUCAAUGGAUCCUUAUGCACAGCCUCCUGGGACACCACACCCAGGCAUGCCAGAAAGGUUCCUCAAGUCCCAAAAUUACCAAAGGAACCAAGACCCAUUUAAUCACCCCCCAGGAAUGUCACGGCAAAUAGGUGCAGAUCCUCAUACACAGCCAGCAGGUGCCUCUCAGGCAUUACUUAGUGAUCCAUAUGCACAACCCCCUAGAACACCUCAUCCCGGAGGUGCAGGACAGGUUAUAAGACCAGGACCCAUGCCUGGUCAAGAUUCAUUUUCACCACCUCAAGCACUGAUGCAGGAUGCUUUUGCCAGUCCAGCAAUGCCAGGGUCUCAGACUCCGAGACAUCCUGGUAUGGCAGAUGAAAACAGUGUGUCCCAGUCACCAUCCAGUCAGCCAAGCCACACACCGGUCCAUGACCCAUUUGAGCAGGUGCCCAUGAACCCUCACCCUCAGUGUCCGGAAAGCAGGGAACAGCAAGGUUUGGGACACGGUGCUAUAGCAGUAGGGCAGCCCAACACCGAAGCUCAGACUGUCCCUCUUGCAGAGGCUGAAGAACGACUGAGACAGCGUCAGCGUAUUCGAGAGCUGAUCCUUAGACAGCAGCAGCAGAAAAGUGCUAUUCGUCAAGAGAAGAGUGCACAAGAGCAGCCUGUGAACGUGCCUCCAGGUACCCCUCAACACUGGAGUCAGGAAACCCAGGGUCAGCAGACCAGUGACCUAUUUAAUCGGCCACCUCCACCAUAUCCUGGCCCAGGUGCUGUCAGGAGCCCUCAGAGGUUCCAUGGGCCAUAUCCAGGAGAUCCACGAGGGUCUUUCCCUGAUGGUCAGUUUCCCAAACCUCAGUUUCCUGGGGACACUAAUAACAUCCGACAACCAGGACCCAGGUUAAGCUUCCCUCCUGGUGUUCAAGGCCCAGGGUUAAGACCUCAUCAGAUGCAGGACUCAAUGAUGGAAGGUCAUCCACAGAUGAGAAGGUCCAUGUCUAUAGAUCUGGGGAAAUCAUUAGGAGGCAACCCCAUGGGACUCCAGCCUUUGCCACCUAGAGGCAUGCACAUGCAGCAGCACAAUAUCAUGGGGCAACCCUUUAUAGAACUUAGACACAGACCUCCUGAAGCCAGGCUCCGGAUUCCCUUUGCAGGUCCUGUUAUGCAGGGAAACCGAAUGGAAUCACCCACACAACCUCAACGACCCCCAGGUUUAACGAGUGGGCAAGAAAUGGGAUUUCCGGCCAACCAGGGUCCUAAACCAGUGGAUCCAGCUAUAACUCAAACUCAGGGAGUAGUUGCAGAUUUGCAGGGGACGAUGAGUAUGGAAAGCUUGCAUCAACCCAGUGUUCCUUUAAGAACUGGACAUCCACAAAUUCCACUCAUGAGGUCAAUGAGCCAACCUGCUUCAAAUGAGACGUUUAGUGGUCCUGCUUCAUCAGCUUUCCCUGCAGUAUCUGCUGGGCAGAACAGUGAUGUUGUUUUACCUACAAAUGAAGGGUCUGAAGAAAAGAUUGAUGCAGAUGAAUCAGCUGUGAAGGAUCUUGAAGAUGUGGAGGUCAAGGACCUUGUUGAUACAGAUUUAGAGAACCUGAAUCUUGACACAGAUGAUGGAAAAGACCUGGAUCUGGAGACUAACGACUUGCACCUGGAAGAAAUUUUCUUGACAUCUGGGAAAUUUGAUAUUAUUGCCUACACUGAUGCUGAUCUAGACCUUAGUGAGGACUUGGAUCUCAAUGAUCCCAUUGAUGACCACACUGAAACCUCUGAGCCCCAAAAGUCACAAACAGGGAAAAAAACUAACUCUUCAGAUGACACUUCCUUACCUUCCAAUUCCACAUCUGCAGAAGGGAAAACUGGGGACAAACCUGAGCAGUCCCCGGGUCACAUAAAAAAAGAGGUUUCUCCGAAUCAGGGAUCCUUGAAGUCAGAAAAAGAUAUCAAAAUUGAGGUCAAAGAUGGUUUGUCACAUGAGGCCUCUUGCAAAAAUCAAAUAAAUGAAACUAAAGCCAUUAAUCAAGAAGAUUAUGGAAGUAUUGAUGCCAUUUCACAGAUCCCAAAGCCUGGUAUUCACCCCGAUGCCACUCCAGUGCUUUCCAGUUUACUGGUCAACGUUCCACCAGAUAAUGAAUCACAUAAACAAGACAGCUGUGGGCAAUCAGUGGCUCAGAGCAAACUCCAGGAACCUGGGCUACAACAGACUGUCAGUUCCACUCUGCUGGGACAAGGAGCCAUAUCUGUGCAGGGGAUAAAUCCUGGCAUGGUUGUAGAUCCAUCACUGGUUUCCUCUCAUAGUGAGGGUCCUUUAGACAUCCCAGGCACAAUUCAGGACCAGUCCUCAGGUCCCAUUUUUGGAGUGGAUCAGAAGGAUGCUCUGCUUUCAGUGGAACAGACUGGUAUGCUUUCUCAAUCCCAACAAGCGUUGUUGUCCGGGCAGGGCCAGCAGAAUAGACCACUGUUACUGGAGGAGCAGCCGCUCCUCUUGCAGGACCUUCUGGAUCAAGAGAGGCAGGAACAGCAGCAGCAGAAACAGAUGCAAGCCAUGAUCAGACAGCGGUCCAGUGACUCUUUCUUCCCUAACAUAGAUUUUGAUGCCAUUACUGAUCCUAUCAUGAAAGCAAAGAUGGUGGCCCUGAAAGGAAUUAAUAAAGUAAUGGUUCAAAACAACAUGGGAAUGUCUCAAAUGGUCAUGAACAAGUUUCCAGUGGCUCCUCAACAAGGGCAGGGCCCACAAGGUCAAGAUGGAUGUAUUCCUCCGCAGCAAGCAGUGCCACAGGAUGGCAAGCUGGCUGCAUACAUGACAAGGCCCAGUCCUCCGAGUUUUGGACAAGGAUUUACCAAUGAGGCCCAGAAAGUACAGUAUGAAGACUGGCUUCGUGAGACGCAGAAGCUUCUUCAGAUGCAGCAGAAGUUUUUGGAAGAGCAGAUUGGAGCCCACAGGAAAUCAAAGAAAGCCCUGUCCGCUAAGCAAAGGACUGCUAAGAAAGCAGGGCGGGAGUUCCCUGAAGAGGAUGCUGAGCAGCUGAAACAUGUGACAGAACAGCAGGGUGUGGUGCAGAAACAGCUGGAGCAGAUCCGGAAACAGCAGAAAGAGCAUGCCGAGCUGAUAGAGGAGUACAGGGUCAAGCAGCAGCAGGGUGGCAUGCAGCCUCAAAUGAUGCCUGGCAUGUUGCCAAUGCAGGGUCAUCCGGGCAUGGUGCCGUCAGGCCCUGUCAGCCAAGCUUUGAUGGGUCCUGCCAUGCCCAUGCAGGUCCAUCCUGGACAGGCAAAUGCUCCCAGCAUGCCAGCCUGGCACCCUGGGGCUUCAGGCCAUGUUGGACCUCAAAUGCCCGGUGUGAUGCCUCCUCAGAUGAUGCAAGGCCAGCCUCCUCCACCAGCUUUAGCCAGGGCUGGUCAGGCACAGUCCAGUGGUGAGUCUCCUCAUGUUAAUUUUGACGACACCAACCCGUUCAGUGAAAGUUUCCAGGAGCGAGAGAGGAAGGAGAGGCUGCGUGAGCAGCAGGAAAGGCAAAGGGUGCAGCUGAUGAAGGAGGUGGAGAGACAACGCAUGAAACAGCGCAUGGAAAUGGAGCAGCAGCAAGGUCUAAUCAGUCAAGAUGGAAAUAUGAGGACUCUCUCGCAAAUGCCUUUCUAUAACCAGAAUUUGCCUCAAGACUUCAUGCAGCCACAUAGAUCUCAGCAGCAAAUCCAAGGGCCAGGGUUCCCCCAGCAGCAAGGCAUGCAAGGCAUGCAGCCUGGACUUGGAGGACCUCCUUCAGGACCUAUAAUGGGAAAUGGGCCCUUUCCUCAGGAAGUAAGACCAGGUUUCGGGUUAGACAACCAAGUAUUGCAUGGUGGCCCUAACUUUGUUCAGGGUCAACCUAGACCUCCAAGAUUCCCUGGACCUAAUAUGGUACCUCAAAACCCAGGACAGGGACAUCCUUUUGGGGUAGAGUCAACUAUGCCCCUGCCCCCAAACUUCCCAGGUUCUGGUCCUUCCUUGAUUCAGCUCUACUCCAACAUUAUCCCAGAAGAGAAGGGCAAGAAAAAACAGAGCCGCAAGAAGAAGAAGGAUGAUGACACAGAGUCCUUGAGGGCACCAUCCACUCCUCACUCUGACCUGACUGCCCCACUGACGCCCUGUGUUUCAGACACAUCGUCCACACCCACGAGGAAUCCCCUGCUCUUUGGAGAGCAUGAGAUGUGCGAGACCUCCCAGCCUGGAUCGUCCACCCCAGGCUCCCAGAGCAGCCAGCCCCACUCUGAGCUGGAGAGGCAGCUUUCUGAAGGAAGUUGUGUAGGAGCUGAGCUGACUAUGGGUCAACAGGACAUCCAGGACAGGAUCCUAAGUAACAUCAAAAUGGAGAGGAUAGAGGCCAGUGACUGCCACGGGCCAAAGGGAACCAAUAUGGAUAUGGGCUUGGGUAUGGUGAAGGUGGAAGUGGAGAAGGGAGGCAUGUCACCCCUUCCUGCAGGCCAAAGUCCAGCAAGCAGCUCCAAAGGAGAAGGUGGUAAUGAGCUCCUGAAACACCUGCUGAAAAAUAAAGGGACUCCUCCAUCUGUAUUGCCCCACCAGAAGUCUGAGGACAGUUUGAGAUCAGAAGAGGAGGCCUCCGCUGACAGCAAGGUUCUGCUGAGACAGAGCUCCAUAGACAGCACAGGGACAUACUCAGACAGCCAGCUUUCAGGCCAUCCGGAUUUUGCUGGCUCCUUAGUGUCUGAGGACAAGAAAAAGCAAAGGACCAAAAGGACGCCCAAAAGUGGAGAACGCCCAGCCCCUCGCUCCAAGAAGAGGAAGAAGGAGGAAGAUGAGAGACAGGUCAUCUAUCCGUCCACAGAGCCCAUAAUGGCCAAUUUAAAACAGCAGCAGCAGCUCACUCUCUUGCCCCUGAUGGAGCCUCUGGUUGGGGUAAACUUUGCCCACUUUGUGCCCUAUGGCAGCGGGCAGCUGGACGGAGAGAGCCGCCUGUCGGGGGCGUUCGGGAGCGCCUCAUUGGACGGAAUGUCGGAUUAUUACUCCCAGCUCAUUUACAAACAGAAUAAUCUGAGUAACCCCCCCACCCCUCCGGCCUCGCUACCCCCCACCCCGCCCCCCGUUGCUCGUCAGAAACUACUCAACGGCUUCGCCACCACGGAGGAGCUGGCCAGCAAAGCGGCCGUCAUCAGCGGUCACGAUGUGACCAAAGGGCUUCCUCCACGGCCGCUGCACGUCCCGUUUAAGACAGAGGAGGAGCUUUUUGCACGGGCUCUCGCUCAUGGUCCCAAAACCGUGGACGUUCCUGCAUCACUACCCACGCCCCCCCACAACAACCAGGAAGAGAUCAGGGGUCAGGAGCACUGUGAGGACAGAGACACUCCGGACAGUUUUGUCCCCUCCUCCUCUCCAGAGAGUGUGGUGGGAAUGGAAAUUAGCCGCUAUCCAGACCUCUCGCGGGUCAAACAGGAGCCUCCGUCACCGGCUCUUUCUCCAGUCAUGCCCAUGUUUCCCUCCAGGGGGAAAGGCUCUGAGGCAAAGCUGUGCAACAUCAAGACCGAACCUUCAUCUGUUUUCUUCGGCUCUUCGUUCGGAGCGGCACAGAAUGGAUCCGGCUCAGGCCUCGUCUCCAUAGCGAUCACCCUGAAACCAGCUGCAGCUGAGAACAUUACAGACGUGGUGGCGGCUAUCGCUGACCUCAUCCAGGUGAAGAUCCCCAGCAGUUAUGAGGUGAGCAGUGGACCGUGGCCCCACGCCGCCCUGGGGGCCCAUAAGGGCAUGGAGGCACGGCCCUCGGCCUCUGGCCUGCUGCACGGACACGGGGCAGCGGAGCUAGAACGGCUGGGGAAAGCCACAGGAGCACAGGGGCCUCUGAAACCUCAUCAGCACAGCCACCUUACCCCUGACAAGAGUCCUAUAGGAGGCAGAGAGCAGUAUCAAGAGGGGCCCGGGAGCCCAGGCCCGAAGCCACAGUGGUGCCGCCAGUGUAAAGUGGUCGUCCUGGGCAAUGGAGUAAAGAAACCCACCAAAGAUCAACAAAGCAAAGCACAAGAAUCCCAGUCGAGUUCAGAUGGAGACCUGGUGUUCUGCAGCCACAGCUGCCUCAUCCUGCACUCCUCUGCACAGGCCAAAGCCACCAUGGACACUAAGGCAUCAGUGGCCCUGCUUGAAGACAAAGCUGUGAAAGGGAGUCCGUCCAAGGCCCAGCAUCAGUACAACAACAACAUGUCCUCUCUGGACGUGCACUGUCUGGCCCAGCUCCAGUCCAAACCCUCAUCCCCCUCGCCCAACCCCCUAGGUCCUGCCUUACCGGCCUCCUUAGAGCCUGUAAAGACGGAGUCUGUGAAGACAGAGUCAAAUGCCGAGUCUCACCUCAAAAUGACUGUGAAGCUGAAACCUCGUUCCCAGAGCCACACGGAUGACAAACCUAAUGACAAGCCCUGGCACCACGGCAAGCGCUGGAAGGGCCUCCACUGGCGCAAGUGGACGAUCCAGAUUGCUUCAUCUAAGGCUGGACUGCAGGAGCCCGAAGAGGAUCUUCGACAGGAGCUGCGCUCAUCCCUACGCCCAUGCUCGUCAUCCCGAGACCGGCGUCGCUGCUGCUUCUGCCAGCAGGAAGGUGAUGGGUUGACAGAUGGUGCUGCCCGCCUCCUCAACCUUGACCUGGACACCUGGGUGCACCUGAAUUGCGCGUUGUGGUCGUCGGAGGUUUACGAGACGCAGGCUGGCGCACUCAUCAACGUGGAAGUCGCACGGCAGAGGGGCCAGACUAUCUCAUGCGCCUUCUGUCAGCGUCUGGGAGCCACCAGUGGCUGCCACCGGCUGCGCUGCCUCAACGUCUACCACUUCACCUGCGCCCUGCAAGCCGGCUGUACCUUCUUCAAGGACAAGACCAUGCUGUGCCACCAGCACCGGCCACGAGGGGGCUCUAGCACCAGUGCAGCUGGCUUGCACCUGGACCAGCAGGUGCUACGUUGCUUCUCCGUUUUCCGUCGCGUCUACGUGCAGCGGGACGAGCUGCGGCAGCUGGCGUCUGCCGUGCAGCGCCCUGAGCUGGGCCACACCUUCCGUGUGGGCAGCCUGAUUUUUCACGCCAUGGGUCAGCUGCCCCCAGCCCUGCUGCCUCAUUUCCACUCGGCCAGUGCCAUCUUCCCACCAGGCUACGAGGCCAGCCGUCUCUACUGGAGCAUGAGGAAUGGUCGGCGCCGCUGCCGCUACGUCUGCUCCGUGGAGGAGCGACAGGGACGGCCUGAGUUCAGUAUCCGCGUGCUGGAGCGAGGGUACGAGGACCUGGUGCUGACUGACACCACAGCUAAAGGCGUAUGGGAUAAGGUCCUGGGGUCAGUAGCAGAGCGGCGAGCAGAAACAGGCAUGCUGAGGCUGUUCCCACUCUACCUGAAGGGAGAGGACCUGUUCGGACUGACCGUGUCAGUGGUCGCCCGCAUUGCUGAAUCGCUGCCGGGUGUGGAGGCUUGUUCGAGGUACCGGUUCCGUUAUGGGCGGAACCCCUUGUUGGAGCUUCCUCUGUGCAUCAACCCAUCGGGCAGUGCCCGGUCAGAGCUAAGGAGCUACCCGCAGAAUCAAAGGUUAAAGAUCCUCUCUGUGUGGAACCGUACCUCCUGCGUCAUGCAGAACUCUGCCCUGGCGGAGACCGGGCCAUCUCACAGUAAGCACUUUGUGCACUCCAAAUCAUCUCAGUACCGCCGACUGACCAGUGAAUGGAAAAGCAACGUCUACCUGGCCCACUCCCGCAUCCAGGGCCUUGGGCUCUUUGCCGCUCGAGACAUCGAGAAGCAGACCAUGGUCAUUGAGUACCUGGGUGAAAUCCUCCGGACCGAGGUGGCCAUGAGGAAGGAGCUGCACUACAAGGCGAAGAACCGGAAAGCCUUCAUGUUCCACAUCGACGGCGAGUAUGUGAUCGACGCUACCUGUUCUGGAAGCCCUGCAAGGUACAUCAAUCAUUCCUGCUCACCGAAUUGCGUGGCAGAAGUCGUGACCUUUGAACGAGGGUACAAAAUCAUCAUCAGCUCCAGCCGCAGGAUCGAGAAAGGAGAAGAGCUGUGCUACGAUUACAAGCUGGGCCUGGUGAGGAGCCAGAACCUGAAGAUGCCGUGCCUGUGCGGCGCGGUCAACUGCCGCAAGUGGAUGAACUGAAAACGGACGAGGAGCUCAAUGAAAACCAAGCAUUCCCUUAACUCACAGGUGCUGAAGACUGAAGAUACAAACGAAACUGAAGUCCGAGGGUAGCAGGAGGCCUGUAGCUUCGUCGGCCUGUUAACGGAACUGUUCUGAUUGAUUUUUUUAAACGUUUUUUUUUUUUCUUAAAUGUGCAAAAUCAAGAGGAAAACACAAACGCUGAUGUGCCGUUGUGUUACAGCCAUUUGCAUCGUUCUCUGGACUUGAAAGGAGGUUCGAUUAACCUGCAUGUGCCAUGAGAGUGUGUGUGUGUGUGUGUGUGUGUGUGUGUGUGUGUGUGUGUGUGUGUGUGAGACCCUGGGCAGAUUUCACCAGCGAAAAAGGAGAGAGAGAGCGAGCACUGUGCCGGAUAUGCCUUAUUGGUUGAAAGAGAGGAGGGCGGGCCCAUUCGUUUUUGUUUUUUUAUUUUUGUUUUUGUUUUGUUUUUGUUUUGCCGUGAUUGGUGGAGACUGUACAGUAGUAAUCAAUGUAGAACAUCACUGAAUGAAGAAUGUACGGAAUUGACUUCCGCAAAGGGAAAAGUAACUUGCACUAAAAACGAAAAACAAAAAAAAAAAGAAAAGAAAAAAGGAAACGGACGAACUCACGAAAAGAAAAGCUUAAAAAUACUUGAUUCCAUGAGUCAGUUUUAUCCUGGGUUUCUCUUGUUGUUUUGUGUAAGAAAAGAAAAGGUGUUUUGUAUUUAUUACUGUGUGAGUGGAUGUGUGGGCCUAUUUUUUAAAUAAAAAUGAUGUGAUGCAGAUUAAAAACAAAAAAAAAAAAGCAAACAUACAAAAAAAAAGGAUGCCAGACUGUGAACGUCGGCCGCGGUCUGAAGAGAUUCUGUUACGUCUGUAAAUAAAAUGUAAAUAAGGAAAAAUAUUGGAAUGAUUGACCAAAUACUACCUUAUUCAUAUUUGAUGUUUUGGAUGUUUAGAUGUGCUUGUUUUGAUGAUUUUUUUUUUUUUUAGUUUUCUUUUUUCUUUCUUUUAAAAAUUAUUUAAUAAGGAGGCGCCAUGAUAUCUGUUUCAGAGGUUAUUUUAAAUUACUAUUCUGUACAGAAUUGCAAAGUAAUUUCAAUAAUUCACAAGAAAGUAUUUUCUCUGUACUUUAGAUGAUGGUAUUGUAGUGACUCUUUGUGAUUGACACAUUCAUUCUGACCACUUGAAACUCUGUAUUUUUUAUUAUUAUUAUUAUUAUUAAAUGUGCAUCACGUUUAGUUUUAUGCAAAAACAAACUCAUUGAAAAAAAAAUGGGCAGCAUAACGAACUAAACGAAUUUUAAACCACCCACAGAAAAUGUACCAUGCAGAAAUAGGCACAAGUAGAAACGUUUGUGUUUUUGUUUUUUUCCUGUUUUUUAAUAACUUUUGUGUCCGAUUUAAUUACUGGAUUAGAAGAAUUGAAAACGAUUCAGUCGAUAAGCUUUAGCUGGUUGCAGAAAUCAUGAACGUUGCAGCGCUUUUAGGAAAAAAAUAUGUACAUACAAACUGAGCUUUGAAUAAUUUUAUUGGUGUUUGUUGGAAGAACACGAUUCAUUUUGUAGCCGAAAUAAAUCUCCUACCUGCUACUCACAUUUCACACGCCUUCUUUCAGAACUAGCUUUUUUUUUUUCUUUUCACGUUUCUCUUGUACACAACAUCACAAUAAAUGAUAAAAAGGUCAGUCCAGUUGUACAGGGCAGGAAUUUUUUUCAAAAAAAAAAAAAAGUCAGUUGUAUAUAUUUUUUUUCUCCGAUGAACAGCUGUAACAAAAUUGUUUCAUGAAUAUUUUUCUUGUCUUGUAAAAUACAUUGACAUUUUUCCUGGUGGUGUUUUUGCCCUGUAAAGUAGCGUCAAAUGUUUUGGAAAAUGAAGCCUUUUGAAGUACACAGAGCGAUUAUAGGGUUUGGUAUUCAAGGAACUGAAUUUAGGAACAUUUACAGAAAAUAAAAUAUUUUACAUCAUUA